AUGUCGUGGAACAUCGUCUCAUCGCUCUUGCGGAACGCCGUGGCCGGACCAUCCCGUUUGGCCUCCGCCUCCUUCUCCUCCCCCCUCGCCUCUACCCGAACCUUCUCCACCUCCUCCCCCUGCUCCGUUACUUUGCAGCAAAACCUUCGAGGAGCACGUAAACCCCAUCGACCUUCCGUCAACAAAGUCCCCGCCCUCGAAUCCAAACCGUUCGUCAAAGGCGUUUGCAGUAAGAUCUUCACCACCAAACCCAAGAAACCCAACUCCGCUAUCCGCAAAGUCGCCCGCGUUAAGCUCAGCAACGGUCGUUCCGUUGCAGCCUACAUUCCCGGUGAAGGUCACAACCUCCAAGAACACUCCGUCGUCCUCGUCAGAGGUGGAAGAGUCCAAGACUGCCCCGGUAUCAGAUAUCAUCUGGUCAGAGGCGCUCAGGAUCUCGCAGGUGUCGCCGGCAGACAGACUUCCAGAUCAAAGUACGGUGCAAAGAAGCCAAAGGCUGCCCCUUGA